AUGUCCGCGUCCGGCGCGUCGAUGCUCGGGCACACGUCCCGCGCGUCGCCGUCGCGCGUUUCGACCGGAUCGCGCUCGCCGAGGAGCCGAUCGCCGAGCCCGUCGCGCGCGCCGACGCGCACGUCCGGCGGGUCUCCCUCGCACCACUCGCACGUCACGCGCGCGACGUACGGCGCGAACUGGAACGUCGCGGAGCGCAUGUACGCGGAGGGGGGCGUCAAGAGCAUGACGAUGCGCGAGGGCGACCAGGCGGCGCUGCUGGCGUCCGUCGCGAAGCACUUCGAGGCGCUGAAACAGAUCCCAGACUUUCUGCCGCACCUCCACGUGGACUACGACGCCGUGGAGGUUCGAGACUCCACGGUGUGCGACGGGAAGGGCGUGUUCGCGAUCAGGGACAUCGAGCCGCACGAGCUCCUCACGCUGUACCCGGCGUCGAACGAGCUGUCGCUGAUGCGCGUGGAGAAGGCGUCGUCGAAGGAUGGAGAAAAAGAUGAGGGGGCGGGCGGGGACGACGACGGCGGCGCCGCCGAGGGCGUCGCGUCGACGAUCAAAUCCGAGACGUACGUCGCGCCGCAGCCGUCGUACGUCAUGUUCAACGGGCACAAGAUGUUCGGCGACGGCAACGCGCUCAGGUUAGAGGCGGACCCGGGCGCGCCGCUGGUGUCCGGGUUUUUAGGGCACCUCGUCAACGACGUCCUUCCGCCGCCGACGGAUGCGACGGACGCGGCCUACGCGGGAGAGUACCUGAAGAAGACGACGAACGAGACGAACUGCCACGCCGUGCCGUUUCCGUCUGGAAUCGUCGCGAUCGCGGCGUCGAAGAAGAUACGCGCCGGGGAGGAGCUCCUGAUGACGUACAGCUUCGGGUUCGACAAGUCCUUCAUGGACGGCGUCAACGCGGACGUCGAGCUGAAAAAAAAGAUGCUCUCCAACGCCUUCGCCGCGGAUAUGAAAGUUUUGAGCGUGAAGAUGGAGCAGCUCACGCGGGAGUCGCUGAAGGUGCAUCGCGAGGCGGAGAUUUUGUCGAGGGAGCUUCUGUGCGACGUCGCGGGGGAGUGA